UGAAGGUUAUAUUAUGGAUAAGGCUCCCUGUCCUUGCUUAGAAAAGGGAGCCACGAAUAUAGGCCCCUUGAAUCAACCUAAAAAGGAUAUAACUAAAAAGAGUUCAAAUAUAGCCAAUGAAAAUUUUGAAGAAUCCCAAUCAGAAGACGAAGAUAGACCCUUGCUUGAUAAACAAAAUGAAAGUACUAGGAAAGAUACCAGAGAUCCUAAAACAGAUGUCAGGAAAGAUGGAGACAAAGCUGGACCAGAGAGAGGAGAGAUAAAACAAAAAGAUAAAAUAAUUAAUUCUAAAUUAACACCAGAUGAAGCUACUAGUAAUGAUAGAAAAGAUGGCAAUGAUAAGGCGCAGUUGCCAAAGAGUGAGGAGAUGAAACGUAAAGAGGAAACAACCAAAUCUAGAUUAAAACCGGAAAUUCCUAGUAGUAAUGUUAGAAAAGAUAAAAGAGAUACAAACAUGGCAAGAUCCAAAAAGGCUGGAGUAAACAAAUCGCAAACAUCUUCCACUACCUCGAGAGCACAAAAAUCGGCAAAAUCGAAGCCAGUCAAAAACCCUAAGCAAGCCACAAAAUCGAAAAAGAAAAAAUAAUUUUAUGAUUAUAUAACCCUUUAUUUAGUAUUAUAUGGUUAAUAAUAAUUCAUGAU